GUGAGACAAACCCACACACACCGAGCGGGGCUUAAUCGCAUAAACACACCGUAUCUUAUGACUGCUGGUAGCAAAGCCUGAACAUCAGGCGGGCGGGGAAAGAUCCAGAUCCAGUGCUGUGCUGUUUGACUGGCUGCUGCUGCUGUUACCUGGGGAGGCAAGAGGGAAGCAUCGAUGCCUCCGGGUCAGUACUCGCUCAUGAGCCUGGACCUGUUCUCGCCAUCGGGCCUCCUGCACUGAGAUAAUGAAAGGAUGGAUGGACGACGAUGCGGCGGGGACAACAGAGGGCUGAAGGAUACUGCUGCAGCGACUCGCCGGGAUGAGGAGCAGCAUCACAACACGAUGAACUCGCCGGAAGAAGCAGGAGCGGAUGAUCUGUCUCUGGAGGAGAUACUGAGGCUUUAUAACCAGCCCAUCAACGAGGAACAGGCAUGGGCGGUGUGCUACCAGUGCUGCAGAACGCUGGCGAAGGAGCACCGGGGCGCUGCCGCCACCGGAGCAUCAUCAGCGGCUACACCGAGGAGGAUAUUCGGACCGGGGGGUGUUAGGAUACAGAAGGACGGGUCUGUGAGGGUGGACCACCAGGGCUGUGAAGGUAAAUACAGCCCUUGCACAACAACAGAGGUGAUCGAGUCUCUGGGGAUCAUGAUUUACAAGGCUCUGGACUACGGGCUGAAGGAGAAUGAGGAAAGGGAGCUGAGUCCUCCUCUGGAGCAGCUCAUUGAUCUCAUGACUAACAUGGCUGAGGCUGAGAGGGAAGCAUGCCUUGACGAAGGCUACGAGGCCACAGAGGAAGAGGACGAGGUGGAGGACUCUGAUAACGUCUCUGGCAUUCGUGGCUACAGAGAUAUUUUCAAUCUGUGUACAGCUCAUCUACCCAGUGUGUCAGAUGCACCCAGUCAUUACCAGGCAGUGUGCCGAGCCCUGUACACAGAAACCAGAGAGCUGCGCACUUUCUUGGAGAAGAUCAAGAGUGCCAAAGAGAACCUCCGUAAGAUGGAGGAGGAGUCAUCAGAGGAGCCUGGCCGAGACCUGAACGAGUUACAGAAUGCUGACUGGGCUCGAUUCUGGGUUCAGGUGAUGAGGGACCUGCGUGAAGGAGUCAAGCUGAAGAAGGUGCAGGAGCGUCAGUACAACCCUCUGCCUAUUGAGUACCAGCUCACUCCCUAUGAGAUGCUCAUGGAUGACAUCAGGUCCAAACGCUACAAACUGCGUAAAGUCAUGGUCAAUGGAGACAUCCCACCAAGAUUAAAGAAAAGUGCUCAUGAAGUCAUCCUGGAGUUCAUCAGGUCCAGACCCCCUCUCAAUCCUGUGUCAGCUCGGAAGCUGAAGCCACAGACUCAGCCUCCUCCCACGCUGCACGAGCGGAUCCUGGAGGAGAUCAAAGCAGAGAGGAAACUUCGCCCGGUCUCUCCUGACGAGGUCCGCAGAGGAAGGCUGGUAAUUCGGCCACUUAGCAUGUCUUUCAGUUUUGACGCGUCAGGUUUCGGCAAAACUCGCAGUAUGCCACAGGAUUUAUUCCGUACUGGAAUAGAUGAGUUCAGCCCACGUAUGGGCAGGAGGACAUCCAGCUCUCUGUCUCUCACCAACGGAUCUGGUUCACCCAGAGUCGAACCCUCUGGAUCUCAGUCAGUUCCUCAGAGAAAGAGGCUCCUGAAGGCUCCCAGCCUCGCUGAACUGGAUAGCUCUGACUCUGAAGAUGAGAUUGUUGGACACAAAUCAGCGAGCAGCUCCAGCGUGGCGACAUCUCUGAUGGAUGACACUUCCCCAGAAUCUGUGCUGGGGAAGAAAACUCCACCCAUGUUCCUGCCCAUCUCCUCUACACCUCAACCAGAGAGGCGUAAGACCCCCCAGAGAAGACACUCUAUUGAGAAGGAAACACCCACUAAUGUCCGACCGUUUCAGCCGCCCUCCAAGCAGAGCUCCAAGUCCCUGGAGGAGUUCUGUUUUCCUGUGGAGUGUCUGUCUCUGACGGUGGAGGAGGUGAUGCACAUCAGACAGGUGCUGGUGAAGGCAGAGCUGGAGAAGUUCCAGCAGUACAAAGACAUCUACAAUGCCAUGAAGAAGGGGAAGCUUUGCUUCUGUUGUCGAGCCAAAAGGUUUUCCUUCUUCACCUGGUCCUACACCUGCCAGUUCUGCAAAAAGCCUGUGUGCGCACAGUGCUGCAAAAAGAUGCGGCUGCCAUCCAAACCUUAUUCCAGCUUGCCCAUCUACUCCAUUGGCUCCACCAACACUCUCCCCAGGGAGAGAAUAAGUGCCAUGGCUUCUGUAGGACAAGGACUGUCAGUGGCUGGAGCCCCAGGUCCAUCUAAACCAGGAGGGGCUGCUGCAUCCCCAGCUUUGAAAGAACCUGCGAAAGGAGCAUCUAAAGGUCCCAGAAAAGCUCCUGGGGCAGCGACAACAGCACCAGCUGCUAAAACUGACAAGUCCUCCAGUAACCCACAGCGCCACAGCAUCCAGAAGACUAUGUCUAAGUUUUCGAAGCACGGCUCUUUAAAGUCUCAUGAAGAACUGGAGCUUCCCCCAGAGCUGACGGAGGACUGGGCUACCAUGGAGGUCUGUGUGGACUGCAAGAAGUUCAUCUCUGACAUAAUCGCCUCCAGCAAACACAGUCUGUCGCUGGCCACCAAGAGGGCUCGCUUAAAACGCAAGACACAGUCCUUCUACUUGUCCUCCCCUAAAGGAAGGGAGGAGUACCAUCCCUCUGAACGAACAAUCAGUGAAAUCUGAAACUCUGUAUCUCUCCUUCUGGCUGCUUCCAGCUCCAAUGGCACAACACUGGAUAUGAUCUUACUGUAUUAGUGGACGUGAGUCGGAGAAAGCUGCCUGAAUGGCUAUAAGAACCUUGGUGGUGGAUAGUGAGGUUUCUGGCUGCUGUGUCCCGAUCGUGAUCAGCUUCUCUAGACAAUACUGUAGAUCUGCCAGUCUUUUUUGUGUUUUUUUUAAUAAUAUCAUUAAUAUAUCAGAAAAUCCUUUAAUGUGUGGACACAGGCAUUUGACUCAACAGAGACAAAGGGGACUGACUUCCUUCCUCCAUGAUGGUGCCACGGUCUGUUCCACCUAAACUCGCGUUCACAUAAAAAGCACAAAACAGAAAAGCGAUCGUAUUGUAAACUAAGAGUGACGGUCAUCAAAAAGAAGAUAAAACUGUACAUUUUGUAUGGGCUAUAAUUUAGUUUUUUACAUGUAUGUACAGUAAAUAAUUACUCGAUAAAAUGUCACCCUCUGUUUUCAGUUCAGACUUUUGCUGAUGAUGCUCAGGGAGACUCUCACUCCUCUCUGCUAUUGACAGCGCUCUUGAAACCAUGCUUCCUUGAGGAAUUCAAGCUAAAUGACCCGUUUUAUUUUCCUCCAAAGGUUGCUACACAAAGAGAAAUAUCACCUGCUUUUAUUUUGACUAUAGUGCCAAAUAAUACCUACUUAAAUAUAUAUGUCACCUGAUGUAGUUAUUGAUUUAUGCAGUGGUCUUGCUAAUGGAGGAAGACCACCUCAAGCACUCCAGUCUCUGUUAAAAUGAAAUAUUCAUGUGUAAUUAGACAAUGAUCAAAGUUCUUUGAAACACUCCUGUCAUGCUUUUUCUUUUGCCAUCUAUAUAUUGUUGUAAUAUAUUAAACAUUGCCACGCUUCAAAUACUGAUACCAGCCUAUGUCUAAAUAAUCUCUCUGAGUCAAAAGCUCAUGCAAACAUUGUGUUUGUGAGGGGCAGCCAAUCAGAAUAAAGUUGAUCUGGCUCCAUCAAGGCCCAGUAUAUGAUAAACAAGGAUUUUAACAAAAAUAUAGAGAUUAAAAUAAGCCCAAAAUGCCCUCUGAAAAACAAAGAAAAACAUUUAUCAGUGUUUAAUGCUAAUAAAUAUUAUAAAUGUACUUAAUCAGAUCUGUGUGGGUGGUUUAGAUCAGGGAUAAGUGACAGCAGUGUGGUGCUCCAGUUAUUUAGUUUUGCCUUUCUCAGAAAUAUCUUAUCAAAGGUGCUUUAGGGGGAAAAAAGGUCAAAACACAGCUGAGGCUAUGUUAUUGAGAUUUCUAGUCCCUACCAUUAACUGGUAAAUGCCUUUUAAAAUCUUUUAAACUGCACACCACUUGGUAUGCACAGAUGUCUCUAAGGUGCUUUUUUUUUGUUAAUUUGUGUGGUAUAAAUAAUGCUGAUUUGAACUUUUUCAAAAGACAAGUUAUAACAUUAAUUAAUUCUCCAAUUAGUCUAAAAUUAUAAUCUCACAACAAUCUAUCCCAGUUUACUUUUGUGAUGAACCAGUUUUGAUCAGUUGUGGAGUUAUCCUUGCACCCUGACAAGCUUCUAUAAGUAAAAGUCUCCAACUAUCAUUAAAUCCCGACUUGGAAAUGGAAGCAUAUGAAUGACAUCACCUGUUUCUAGGCAGAAGCAAAAGCACAAGCAAAGUAUCUUUGAUUAAAGGGAAUCAAAACAGCUAACAAAUGUUAAGUUCACCUGCGAUCCCCUCACUCCUACUCAGAGGCUGAUUGAGGAAAAACACAAUUUUAGGACUGUAACAAAACUAAUAAUAAUUUCAGACAUUACUAUGACCCAGAUGGUUCAGAUUUGCCUUUAAGUAUUUUACCUGAAAUAUGUGCAUUACAGCAUCUUUUCAAAACAUACCUUAAACUGAUGCAACACUCUUGCUUUCCCAUGAAUCAAGUUAAUGAUUUGUUUCUGUAUGUUUGCAAAGAUAAAUCAUUAUACAUGAAAUAACAGCACGCUGCCCAGCUUUCAGUCACUCAGAGUUAAUGUUAAUACAAUGCCUUUAUGAUUUCUUUUUUGUCAUUCACAGUCUCACUGGCAGAGAGAUAUAACUUCCUCACAGCCUGGAUGUUUAUUUUACACUCGAUCGCAUUCCACGUCUUUUCAUAUUUUGCCUUAAAAGAUGCCUUUUGUUAUCGCUCUCAUCUGUUGAACAGUCGUCUACUGUUACUGUACAUACAUCGUUUCAAAGGGUUUGUUCUAACGUUCAGGUGUGUUGCCUCAAAGAUGACAGUGCUGACAAUGAGACUGCUGUAGAGCUGAGAGGGAAAUUGUCCAUCUGUGGAGAACAGGAGGGCUGCGAAGUCUUCAAAAGAUACCUCUCAGUGUGACAGACAGCAUCAUGCAUGUACUACAGUGUAGCUUGUACUUUCAGUCUGUAUUACCUUCAAGCUGUAACUCCCUGCAGAGAGUGCAACAAAUGACAAGUAUAAACAAUAAACUGUAAUGCAA